UUCUACGGCUACGUCACUCCUACUCUCCAAAAUGGCGGAGGGAGCAGCAGUUUCAGAUGCAGGGUCGUCAUUUAUGGACCCUUUUAAAGGACUUUUGUUAACUUAUUUCAUGCCCGAAACAUGUUACGACGAAUUCUUUCUGAACUUCAACUUUCUGGACGUACCAUGUCUGAAGGUUGUGCUGAGCAAAGGUUUGGGGAUCGGCAUCAUCCUGGGAUCAGUGAUGGUGAAGCUGCCUCAGAUCUUGAAGCUGAUGGGAGCAAAGAGCGCCGAAGGCCUGAGCUUUAAGUCGGUGCUGCUCGAGCUGCUCGCCAUCACAGGAACCAUGGCCUACAGCAUCGCCAACAAGUUCCCCUUCAGUGCGUGGGGGGAGGCGCUCUUCCUUAUGCUGCAGACCGUCACCAUCGGCUUCCUCAUCCAACACUACGGAGGACGAACGAAGGGAGGUCUGCUCUUCCUGGUCGUGUAUUUCCCUCUGCUGAUCCUCCUCCUGUCUCCCGUCACACCCAUGUCCGUGGUCACCGCCAUGCAGGCCUCCAACAUGCCCGCCAUCAUCAUCGGCAGGCUGAUCCAGGCGGCCUCUAACUACAGUAACGGACACACCGGCCAGCUGUCGGCCAUCUCCGUCUUUCUGCUGUUUGCUGGAUCCCUCGCUCGCAUCUUCACCUCCCUGCAGGAAACCGGAGACUCUCUGAUGGCGCUCACGUACGUCAUAUCGUCGACCUGUAACGCCAUCAUCGCCCUGCAGGUUCUCUACUACUGGAACAGCUCCCCAGAGCUCAAGAAGAAGAAGAAGAAGAAGAAGGAGUAGGAAGCAGAAGGACCGACACUAAACGUUUCUCUGUCCACGUCAAACUUCAGACUCUGAGAGUCGCUGCUGGACGAUGAAUCCAACCCGACGUGAACACGAUCAGAACUUUCAUCAACAGUUGAUUUCUGGCUCCACUUUCCUGUUCUUACAUUCCUCUACAUCCACUUUCUCUCAGUCCAGUCCGGCUCGCACCACGGUCGUCAUGAUACCAGAGAUUGUCUAGCAAUAUCUUUACCUGUUCGUUACCACGGCAACAGAAACAGAAGUCCAACAAACCCAAUCAUUGAUCCUUCCUUGUUUUGAUUUCUUUUGAACUCCUGCACACGGUCUAAACCAGUUUACCUUCCUCUCCUACGUAACGCUCGAUUAGUCAAGACCACACUCACCAAGACCAAGACGUGCCCGAGUCCACAGUGAUCCAGGACCCAGACAAGACCAAGACACUUAGGGAUCGAGACUGAUUCAAGACCAAGACCAAAGCAGGGCGAGACCGAGACAAGACCAGAGUGAUCCAGACAAGACCAAGGCCCAAUCUCGAUGUCCACCCUCACACUCACUGGUGAGCGUUCCCGGUAAGUCUGUGAGGUCUUAGUGCUGUCCCACUGUCAAAUCAUCAAGUGUUUGAGGGAUCUCUCGCUGACUACGAGCCCUUUAUGCACCCUGUCCGUAAGUGGGCAUAUCUGCAGACUUAACGUGAGGGAAUUACCCAGGGUUCAUAGCAUUGUGAUGUGAAACAUGAUUUCCCGGGGAAGCCCACAACAAUUGAAAGGUAAACAAACACCAUAAAACGGAAAAAAGGUAGAGACUGUAAAAAAAACAGGAAGGUGAAGCCAAUAAGCCUAUAGGCCUAUUUUGAGUAGAACUUUUUAUAAGCGCCAAAGUGCUGUCCCAUUUGUAUUUAACCAUUGGAGCCAUCGCAGCCUCAUGCACUCAAUCACUUUCCAGGUGACGUCAAUAAAGUCAGUCUGGGCUCAAGGCUCAGGGUUUAGGGAGGACAUCGAGAUUCAGCCCAAGACAUUUAGGGAACAUCGAUUUAAAAAACACGCUGUAUCAAAGGGAUCGACGACCUCUGCUGAGUUUAAACGUUUUUUUUUGCACUUCCUGUUUUGAGUUCACAUCCAGGUUUCUGUUUUUCAUGCUGAUGAAUCUUUCUAAAAUGUUUUACACAGUUUCGACCUCCGAGACGAGUGAAGGUGAUUAAACUUGAUUCCACUCUGA